AUGGCAGCAGCUUUCGCAGCUCUAGUUUCUCUUGAGAGUAAUCUACUCCUUAUCUACAAUCACCCCAAACAUUCCUUUGAGUUCGAGGAAAAACAGAUUCAGUCCCUCCGGGGAAGUGUGAGUUUCCUGAUCAGUUUCAUGAAAAGCUAUGACGAAUCUCAUGGAGCCGCAAAACAAGCUGCAGAAGCUUUAGAGAUGCGAAUUGCGCAUGCAGCUCAAGUGGCAGAAGAUGUGAUCGAAUCACAUAUGGUCGAUCAGAUCCGUGGUGGAAAGACAAGAUCAUCUCGUUUCCUGCUGGAUCUGCAGAAAGCAAUCGAAGGCAUGGAUUACAUGAGGAGAAAGACUUUAAACGUGAGAGCGCGACAUCAGCAGCAGCAGAGCACAUACUCAUCAGCAGCAGUAGCCACGCAAUCAACAUCUCUCACCUUUACCAUGCUCGGAUUUGAUGACGUCUUACUCCAACUUCUGGACCUUCUCACUGGACUUCCCUCAAGUCGGCGAGUCAUCCCCAUCCAAGGCAUGGGGGGAACCGGUAAGACUACGCUUGCUAGAAAAGCAUUUCAGCAUAAAUAUAUCGUGGAACACUUUGAUGUUUGCCUCUGGGCCACAAUAUCUCAAGAGUAUAGCCUUCACAAAAUUUUGUUAGAGCUCUUGUCUCAUCUAAGAAAAUCCGAUAGUGGAACUGGAACUGGAACUGGAACUGGAACUGUUGAUGGAUUGCAAGAAAGGUUAUACAAGAGUUUAUAUGGGCUAAGGUAUUUGAUUGUUCUAGAUGAUAUGUGGAAUGUUAAAGCUUUGGAUGAUAUGUUAUUCCUGUUUCCGGAUACAAACAAUGGAAGUCGAAUUAUUUUGACUACCAGGCAUUCAGAUGUAGCCGAACAUUUAGGCGUUUCUCCUAUUGCAAUGAGUUUUCUAGAUGAAGACAAUAGUUGGCAAUUAUUUUGUCAAAUAGCAUUUGCAGAGCAACAAGGUUGCCCUCGUGAGUUGGAGGAGGCUGCAAUGAAGAUAGUUGCAAAGUGCAAAGGACUUCCCCUCGCAAUUGUUGUCAUUGGUGGUCAUCUCAGAAAGUCCUCAAUGGCUCUAGACUAUUGGGAGAAUGUUGCAGAAUCAAAUUUGAAUGAUGAACAGUGCUUGAAUGUAUUAUCUUUGAGUUACAACUACUUGCCUGUUCAUCUGAAGCCAUGUCUCCUAUUCAUUGGAGCAUUUCCAGAAGAUUGUAUUAUCGAUGCGUGGGAUGUUUUAAAACUUUGGAUUGCCGAAGGAUUUAUACAACAAGGCGAAUAUUCCAGCUUGGAAGAGGCCGCAGGGUAUUGUUUAUGGGAUCUCUACCUGAGAAAUCUCAUUGUAGUUGAUAAGUGGGAUCAGCGUGAUGAAAUUUAUACAUUCAAAGUACAUGAUCUAGUAAGAGAUAUGUGCCUGAAGAUUGCCAAGGAGGAGGAGUUUUUAUAUGUGUUUGAAACUCCAAGAGCCAUAAAUAGAGAGCGUCGAGUUGUAAUCAGUGGAGGGACGAAUCAUGAAGUAAUAGCCUCUGAUGCUCCAGUCCGUUUUCUGAUGUGGGAAAGAGGUUGUUAUGAUACCAGCAAUCUGUAUGACUUGAAACUGUUGAGAACGUUGCGAAACAUUACCACGACAUCAAUAAGUGGGUCCAUUCUUCAGCAACUGAACUUACGGUAUCUUAAUGUUGAUCUUGCUCACAUAAUUCGCCCAAUGCUUUAUUAUCUCCCGUCAUCAAUGUCAUUGCUUUGGAAUCUGCAAACUUUAAUAAUUAAUAUAACAGAUCAGUCAAAAGUGAUUGCACCCUAUGAGAUUUGGGAGAUGCUUCAACUUAUGUAUCUUGAGGUUGACAAGAUUUGUCUCAUUGAUCCUCCUCCUGUGGACAGGGAAAAUCGCUUGGUAAUGAGAAAUCUAGGCUCACUUUACAGAGUGGAGAAUUUUAGGCUCAGUAAUGAGGUUUGCAAGAGAAUCCCCAAUGUCAGGGAACUAAGGUUAUCCUAUUGUGAUGAAGUAAGUUCGAAUUAUUGUCCCCGCAACCUUAGCUGUUUCCAUCAUCUGCAAUGCCUAUGGUUGCAGUUCGAUGACAGUUCCAAGUGGCGUGAGUUUGUUACGAGCCUCACUUUCCCAAGCACGCUCGAGUUCUUGUGUUUAAGUGGUUGUGGUGUUGAUUGGGAAGAAUUGACAAUGAUGGUUGGAUCAUUGCCCAAUUUUUUUGAGCUUCAGUUACUUCAGGAUUCAGUCACUGGAUCUGUUUGGAACCCAGAAGAAGAGAAAUUCCUUAGAUUGAAAUACUUGACUAUUCAUGAUUGUGAUGAUUUAGUUUAUUGGAAUGCAGACAGCGCAUCUUUGAGCAUUUCAGCAAUGAGAACAUUAGUGGAACAAGAGGAGGAAGGUAAUGACAGUCUUCGACUUGAUGUAUAUUUUCAGGGUGAUAAGGAAACACUUAAGAGCUUCAAACACAAGGUUCAAGAAGAAGGUCUCACAAGCACUAAUCUAUCUCUGCACCUCGACAGAUCCUAAGGCCAAAACAUCUCCAAUCUCUCCUGUUACUGCUGGAGCUGAUCAGACAUCUCCAACCUCUCCAGCAACUGUUGUGGCUGAUCAGACACAAGCCGAUGACAGCAAUGGAGUGACUCCAAGUCUCGUCGCACACGAUGCCCUCCUGUUCGUUUCCAAGACUAUGUUAGUAGUUAGUUAUGUUGGUGUAUUUCAUUCAGAUGUUUAGUGUACAAUGUAAUAGGAAUAGAGAGUCGAGCCUUAUUAUAAGCUCCAUGUCAGAUUUUCUUCGUUGGUUCUUUCCAGAUAUGCAAAAGAGAGUCGAAUCAACCCUAGGGUCCUUAGUUAAUAUAAAUAGAGAACUUAUUAUCUUAAGUCAUUAAGCAAAUAAUAAGAUCCUUCAUUUUUGUAAA